AUGGAAGGAAUGGGCCAGUUUCAACUGAACAGGGCAAGACAGGACAGAAACAAAAGCACGGCUGGCCUGCCCACUCUGACCUUCUCCCCGCUCACCCCAACAGUGUUCCCCAGGGUGCUGCUGCGGACCCUGCGCCACCCCAUCUUCCUGCUGGUGGUCCUGUCCCAGGUGUGCAUGUCGUCCACGGUGGCAGGCAUGGCCACCUUCCUGCCCAAGUUCCUGGAGCGCCAGUUUUCCGUCACAGCAUCCUACGCCAACCUGCUCAUAGGAUGCCUCAGCAUCCCGUCGGCCAUCGUGGGCAUCGUGGUCGGGGGCAUCCUGGUCAAGCGCUUCCACCUGGGCCCUGUGCGUUGUGGCGCCCUUUGCCUCCUGGGGGCGCUGUUCGGCCUACUUCUCAGCCUGCCCCUCUUCUUCAUGGGCUGCUCUACCCACCAGAUUGCAGGCAUCACCCGCCAGCCUGGCAACCUGCCUGGACCGGACCUGUUUCCAGCCUGCACAGAGCCUUGCUCCUGCCCAUUGGACGACUUUAACCCUGUCUGUGACCCCAGAACCCAUGUUGAAUACCUCACACCCUGCCAGGCAGGCUGCACAGGCUGGCUGGUCCAGGAAGCUCUGGACAAAAGUCAGGUGGGUCAGGCCUCUGAUUGUUCCCUCUGCCUCCCCUGGGCUCUGCCCCUCCCUGUCUUUGUGCAUCCAUCACGCUCUCCAUCUUUGCGCAUUCUCAUUCUGUGGCUCUUCUAUCUGUUGGUUGGUCUGUCUCCUUCUGUUGGCCAAUGUAGAACAUGAUUCUUGCAGUAAACUUUCAUUGCCAGUCGGGGCCCAGCCAUGUGCCAGGCCCCAGAGCACAGGGGUGAGCCCGAUCUGGCUCCAGCUGUCUGUGCAAGGGAGAGGCAAAAGGAAACAAGGAACUCCAGGGGUGGUGAUAGGCAGGAGAAAUGGUCCCCACAAGAACAGACAAAGAUGGAAGAAGGUGCAUCCAGCCUGGGAGGGUACUGGAAGGCUUCCUGGGACGUGGCAUUUGUGCUGGAUCAUCAAGGAUGAGUAGCAAACCAGGAAAGGGCUUUCCAAGCAGGGGGAACCGCAGAAGCAAAGUCUGCACACACAUGCACACAGUGUUUCAAGAAACGGCAAAGAACUUGUUGGAGCAGAAGCAGAACGUUUCCAAGAGGGAAAGUGAGGCUCAGGCAAAGAAGGGCAUUCAAGGCCUUUACCAAGAGAGCAAUGGGGAGCAUUGGGUGGGCUGGUGACAGGGUCAGAUCUGUGUCUGAUAAUACUUGAGGCCAUGUAUGGAGGAGGGCGAGCAGAGUGCAGGCUAGGAGACAGGGAAACGGUGGGGAGGCUGGCCCAGAGAGCCCAGUCAAUCAUUCAGCCAGUCAGCAAACCUUCACAGAGCUCCUCCUCUGUGCCAGGCCCUGUGCCAGGGGCCGAGGACCCAGAGCCAAGGGGCCCUACCCUCGAACUCCAAGCAGGGAAGGAGGCAGAAUAAGCAGCCGCAGUGCAUCUUGUGUGAACCUUAAACAGGUCUCCAAGACUAGCCACUCUUCCUCCCCUUUCUCCUCAGUCCCCCAGAUGACAAAUGAGAAGAAUAUCUGCCUUCCUCAGGCCCCCAGGCUGUAGACGAGCCUGUUGGGGGGCGGGGCGCAGGGGGUGCAGCAUCAGGCUGGCCACAACGCGUCCCUUCUCCAGAGCCCCCCCUCUUGGUCAUGUGGAACUCCUGCCUUUGCAUCCUGGACCCCACGGGCUGGUGCAGAGGACAGCACCUGGCUGACGGGGCUGCAAGCCAGCAGGCACCAGCUGGGCUCUGCAAACGGUUUGCAUUUGCAGUCAUCGAAAUCCCAGCCUCUGUGCCUCCUUAGCGCUCACUGUCUUUGCCUGGUUUCAUAUCUCUGAGACCUUCCAGGGGACCCCAGGCCCUGCCAGCUGGGGCAAGAUCCCCCAGGGAACAGUAAGCUUUAGUGGAUAUGGGCCCCUGAGCACCGAGGCCAGGCCACCCGGUUCGAAUCCCUGUUCUACCUCUACCUGGCUCUGUUACCUCAGGCAAAUUAUUUCAUCUGUGCCUCCAUUUCCUGGUCUAUAAGACAGAGGUGAUCGUACUGAGUACUUACUAUAUACCAGCCACUGUGCUAAAUGCUUUCCUCAGGUGACUUCAUUAAAUAGUGAGUAAAGAGCCACAUGACAAUGCCCAUGAAAAGUACUUGGCACAGUGGCUGGGAAAUUUUAAGCACUCAGUAGUACACACUCCUAUUAGUGUCCGUUAUACAGAUGGGAAAGGGAGGUUCAGGAAAGGACCAGGCAUUGCCCAAAGUCUUAAUGCCAGAGCUGGGGUUAUAACCCAGGGCUCUGGCCUCCCAGCCCAGCGCGCUCCCCAGAGCAUCCUCAGAGGUUGUGUCUGGGGAUGGUAUUUGGAGGAGGGCACACCUGGGUCCUGGUCAGCACACAGGAACUGUAGCUCCGGCCUGGAAUAGUCUCGCAGCCAGCCUGCCUCCUGAGGUUGACUGUGAGCGAGCUCGCGGGCCCAGGGCUGGGUCGCUCAGUGGCCAGCACCGCUGCACUCAGUAACCGUGGAUGAAGGAGUAGAUGGCCAGGGGAAAGAUGGGGAGAGGUGGGCGGUUGGGGGGAUCUGAGGCUCGGGGUGAGGCUGAAUCCCCCGGGGGAGUGAGAAUCAGAGGCAGCUGGAGAGAUCGGAGUCAUCCGUAAGAAGAACUUGCUGCCAGAGUUAGAUGAAUGUGAAUGAGAGCUGGGAAAACCCCAAGAGGAAGGCCUCCAGCUUUGUGUCCGUCCCAGCCAUCUUCGGCCGUUCAGAAAAGGCAUGAGGGCGGGUCUUUCUCUUCUAGCCACCUUGCCUGGCAUAUUUCUCCCCUUAGCUGUCCCUCCAUUGUACCUCCACCCCAGUGGGUUGCUCAGCCUGGGGGCAAAGGUCCAGAUGGCGUGUGCUCAGCAGGUCGCACGCCUGUGGCAGCCUGACCAUGCACGGGCACCCUGCGGGCAAUGGAAAGAGCGCCCAGUUACCCCAGCCGGAAUCCCCGAUCUCGCGCUCUCUCACCUUGCCCUAAUUCUACAUCCUAAGUAUCUCUCAAAUCAAACCCUGUUCUCCAUCCUCCUCCCCCUCCCACCGCUCUCUCCACAGUGGGCCUCUUGGCCGGCCUCCCCUGCCUGGCCUGUCCUCUUGCAGGAACCCCAGCGGCUUUGGUGCCGUCAGCUGUCAUCCCUCCGGAGCUUAAAUUCCUCCCAAGGCUCCCACAGUCCUCCUCAGGGACUCCCAACCCUUUUCACAGUGGGAAGUGUGUGAGGCUGCCCCAGGCCGACCGAGCAGGCCACCCUAAGGGCUGAUGCCACCCAGCCCUGCACACCUGUCUCCCAGCAGAGGCCGCGGCUCCCUGGGACACACUGGUCAGAAACUCUGUUCUGUGGGGAAGAAAAGCCUAGGCUUCCUGGCUUUCUUAGCUUCUGUGAGGCAUGGGCGGUGGAGACCACUGCUGAAAGAAUCCUAGGCUGGAAGUUUUCCAGGCCACGUGGGGGUGGGAAUGCGGGCUGCAAUCAAACAUGCCCCUGAGCCAGCCUGGGGGCCAUCCCUUGCAGUUGGAAAAGGGGUCAGCUUUUCACAUACUUCAGCCUCUGGAGGGGUCCCAGUUUUUUGCGGGGGUCUCCUAUUGGACUUCACUCUGGCAGGAGGGAGGGCUAGGCUUUGUCCUCCCGCCUUGGAGCUCCCAGACCUCAGAAAGCUAUACUCCUGGUGAAGGUUCUGCAAACAUGCUGCAGCCAAAGCUUGCUUCAGGACCCUGCUCACCUCGCUGGGUUCCAGCCUCUCUGAGCAGUUUUCCGUUUCUGCCGGCACAUGGGUGCCCUCAGGACAAUGUUUUCAAUACUUUAUCCAGCAUUGUGUUGUCAGCAGGAUGAUUGGCAGGGUCCCGGUCCACUGUGUUUCUGGAAACAGCAGUCCAGGUUCCUCUUCUGUGUCCCAAACUCUUCACAACGCGCCAUCCCGGGGCAGCCCUCAAGCGCUUCCCUGCCUCCCCUCUGCCCUCCGCUCCAGGCAAAGAUUUGCUGCACUCUUUCAUGCCACUUUCGUGGGAUUUUACAUCUGACCUUCCCUCUCCUCAUCUCAGUUUUCCUCUUGGCAAGCUCCUAUUCGUUCCUCAAGACCCAGAUCCAGCACCCCUCUCUGGUGAAGCCUUCCUUGCCCCUCACCUGGUGAAGCUGGGUUCCUGUGGUGCUGCCUGCGUCCCUCUCUCCUGUGCUUGACUGUCUCCUGGAGAGUCUCCUCUGCAACCCGGUGCCCUGCAAGACCUCAGUGAAGUAGAAAGGGAGGGAAACCGAGCUGGAAAACUUGAGUUCCUUCCCCAAAACACUCUUAAAUAGUUUUUUUUUAAAGAUUUUAUUUAUUUAUUUGAGAGAGAGAGAGAGUGCGCUCAUGUGUG